AUGGAAACUCCCGAAGUUCAAGCGAAGAAGCGAAGAAGCGGAGAAGCGAAGAAGCGAAGAAGCGGAGAAGCGGAGAAGCGAAGAAGCGAAGAAGCGAAGAAGCGAGAAGCGAAGAAGCGAAGAAGCGAAGAAGCGAAGAAGCGGAGAAGCGAAGAAGCGAAGAGAAGGAGAAGCGGAGAAUCUGAGAAGCGGAGAAGCGAAGAAGCGGAGAAGCGAAGGAAGAAGCGAAGAAGCGAGAAGCGGAGAAGCGAAGAAGCGAGAAGCGGAGAAGCGGAGAAGCGAAGAAGCGGAGAAGCGAAGAAGCGAAGAAGCGAAGAAGCGAAGAAGCGAAGAAGCGAAGAAGCGAAGAAGCGGAGAAGCGGAGAAUCUGAGAAGCGAAGGAGCGAAGAAGCGAAGAAGCGAAGAAGCGAAGAAGCGGAGAAGCGGAGAAGCGGAGAAGCGAAGAAGCGGAGAAGCGAAGAAGCGGAGAAGCGGAGAAGCGGAGAAGCGGAGAAUCUGAGAAGUGAAGGAGCGAAGAAGCGAAGAAGCGAAGAAGCGAAGAAGCGGAGAAGCGGAGAAGCGGAGAAGCGAAGAAGCGGAGAAGCGAAGAAGCGGAGAAGCGGAGAAGCGAAGAAGCGAGAGAAGGAGAAGCGAAGAAGCGGAGAAGUGGAGAAGCGAAGAAGCGGAGAAGAAGCAAUGCAUUUGCUGCCAUAA